AUGGUCUAUGGCUCAAAAUCCACUGAUGGAAGCAAAAAGAAAGUGGAGCAAGAGAAGGCAUAAGGGGAAGAGAUUCGAAAAAGAGCCAUGGAGAAGUUGGGUGAUACGAAGAAGAGGGAGGAAUCUGCAAGUAAGAAGAGCCGCAGGUCAGGAUCGAUGAUGGUGGAGUACCUAACAGAGAGCAACGAGAAGGAUCAGGCAAUUAAAGAGGGGGAGCUAGAGUUGCAUGAAGGGAAGGAAAGGGAAGAUUCGCAAAGGCAUGACACUAUGCUUCAGCUGAUACAGCAACAGCAAUAGCAAUAACAACAACAACAACAACAACAGCAGCAGAUGCAACUAAUGUUUGCCAUGCAAAAUGAAAUGAUGAUUAAUCUGUAUUAUAUAAAGUGGUUUCAAUAAAGUUUUAAAUGAAGUUUUAUAUAUUUAUCAGAAGAGCAAAAAAACACAGAAGUGUUUUGGUGAAUUCUUUAACUUUGAUAAUUGGAUGAAUAUACCAAGUCUGAAAAAAAAAGUCUGAAUAAAUAAGUAAGUAUAUAUUUUAAGGUUUAUCCUUUGAACAUGUCUUAUAUUUAUUGUAAAUAAAUUUAAACGAAAAACAAAUCUACAUAUGAAAAUAUUGCUUGACUUGGCAGAAGAAAAAAAAAUAAGUACACCUCAGAA